UUUGUCGCAUGGCGGCGCUUUUAUUUUAUAUAUUUCAGACCGGAUGUGACGUCACGCACGGAGCCUAACUCACUGUAAAGCUUCAACAACAAUCCCUAUGGACGAAGAAAACGGCGCUGAAAUCACAAACACAGGCGGGCUCCCCCUGGCGUCUCUGCGUUUGCUGGUUCCUCCUCUACACCUCAUGUCUGCCUUCAUGUGGCAGGUGCUGCAGCAGAAGAGCCUGGUGCAUUAUGGGAAGCUGGAGGAGUUUGUGUCGAUGGUGACGGAGACGCUGCCGCAGGUGCUGGGAUACAGACGGAGAACACAGCUGAUGCUGGGCCUGAGAGCGCGGAUGGUUCUGGAGUUGUGUCGCGGUCCGGUGGAUCUCAGGAACAUUCAAGCUCAUCUGGACAAACUCCAUCUUCCAGACACGGCGCCUGGACACCCGGCUCCUGAUGCUGAUUUGAGAACCUGCGUCACUAAUUUCAAAGCUUUGGUUCUGGCGCUGCUGAAAGACCCGGUUGAGAAAGCUUAUUUCUUCCAGGAAGUGUUUCCUGUUGAAUAUGGCGCUGGGUUCGACACGGCGGUGAAGGAAGUGAUGUGGGAUCUACUCUCCAGCCUGGAGAAACUGCUUCCUGUGCCGGACUUGAAGAAGACGGUGUCGUGGCUCUCUCCUGCCCCCGCUGGCCUGGAGGACUGCAUGCGCAGUGACCCGGGAGAUCUGCAGCUCCUCCUGCAGCAGCACCGGCUCUUCAGCGCAGACACACACAGCUGGCAGACAGGCAAACACACUUCUCUUUCAUUUGUGCUUUAGAUUAAGUGCAUUAUA